AUGUUUUUAUGGGGAAUUUGGGCGAUUGCAGCGCCAGAAGGUAUUUUCGCGAAGCUUGUGCGCUGUCAAAAGUUUUGCUUGAAAUCGCGUCGCUCAGAGGACCGUUGGAAAACCAUGGAAAAUCAGGUGGAAAGUGCUGAAAAAUCCGCUGCGCCGGGAGAGAAACGCAGACGGAGUCUCUUCACACUGCUGAACGAUGUUGUGAACGGCGGCUCCCUGAAUUCGAGGGACGAAAAUUACAUGAAGCUGGUCAGAGCGGAGAAAAAGGAGUGGAAUCGUCUGGCGAGUGAGAUGGUGAAAGCCCUGAAAGCCAUCGACCUGGAUCUGAACAAUCGGACCGCGCAGCAGAACGCGAAAGAGCUCGUGGAUGUGCUGAAUCCGGAGAAGUUUGCUGUUGAGCAGACGGAGUUUGUGGACCUGGUGAAGGACUUCCUGCAGGAGCAGCACCGUCUGAGGGAGGAGUUCGAGGUGCUGACUGAGGCUGUAAGCUGGCUGCCGGACGACGUGACUGCGCGAAUGAUGGAGGAGAAGAGCCUAGGAUGACGUUGCACAGUGCCAGCGAGUCAUGAGGGGUCCUCGGACCAGUGGGGCCAUGUCUUGAUGAUUUGGUAGAGAGCGGCGCCCGGGCUCUCGGUGGGGAUG